AUGCAACAUCUUAACCAGCGACUGUCAUCCUACCUGGAGAAAGUUCAUUCCCUAGAACAGGAAAAUGCCCAGCUGGAAAGUAAGAUCUGUGAGUGGUAUGCGAAUAAUGCCCCCAGCACAUUGCCUGACUCUAGCCAAUAUUUCAGGACUAUUCAAGAGCUUCAGAACCAGAUCUUUUUAGCCACUGUAGACAAUGCACAUAUUGUCCUGCAAAUAGACAAUGCCCAGCUGGCUGCAGAUGAUUUGAGAAACAAAUAUGAGAUGGAACUCAACUUAAAGAAUAAUGUUGAGGCGGAUAUUGGCGUUCUUCGAAGAGCCCUGGAAGAGCUUAACAUGCAAAGAAGGGAUUUGGAAAUACAACUUCAGUGCCUCCAAGAGGAGCUUCUGCAACUAAAGAAAAGCCAUGAAGAGGAGGUGAACGCUCUGCAAACACAACUUGGUGCCAGGGUCAAUGUGGAAGUUGAUGCUGCUCCUUCUAUGGAUCUCAACAAAACCUUGUCUGAGGUCAGACAGCAAUAUGAGAACCUGAUGGAGAGGAACCUUAAGGAGGUUGAAAGCAUAUUUCUUGCAAGGAGUGCAGAACUGGAUCGUGAGGUUUCUUCUGGGGCUGAACAACUGCAGUCAGUUAGUAAUGAACUUACUGACCUGAGACGUUCCGUACAGACCCUAGAGAUUGAGUUACAAAGUCAUCUUAGCAUGAAAUCAGCCCUGGAAUCCACAUUGGCCGAGACAGAAGACACUUUUGGUUCCCAGCUUGCCCAAUUACAAACAAUGAUUGACAAUGUGGAGUCUCAGCUAGCACAGAUACGAUCUGAUCUAGAACGGCAGAACCAUGAGUACAAAAUCCUCAUGGACCAGAAGACCCACCUGGAGAUGGAGAUUGCCACUUACAAACGCCUCCUGGAUGGUCAUGAUAUACAUGUUCCAGCUCAUCACAGCACAGAACAUAAAGACAGAAAUGUUAGAGAUUUACAGAUGAUGAUGAUGGAGAGAUAUCUGGCUAUAAAUCUCUAUGAAAUCUCACAGCAAAUGGAAGAUGUCAUAUAA